AACUACGUCACGUCGCGACGGCAUCAGAGACGCAGGACCAAAAUAUUCUACAUUAAAAGACACGCGAAGUAUAGAAAAUGGAAACCAAAAUGUACAGUGCUCAUCCGCUGGAAACUGGACUAUCCCCAAUUAUGGACAUGUCCAGCAGUGCUGACUUCUUUGCGGCAUUCAUGGACAGACCGUCAUGCAUGUUUUCCAGUUCUCCGACAAGUGUUAGUCCAAAUGUAAAUGACUUAAAUAUGAAUACGAAAGAAAACAUCCGAGAGAUAUCCCAGUGCAAACGAAAAUUGGAUUUUGCCGAAAACAACAAUUACUUAGGACUCCAAAGACCCCAGACGGUUUCUGUUGCAAGAAGGAACGAGCGGGAACGGAAUCGCGUUAAACUUAUAAAUAUGACUUUUGCGACAUUAAGGGAACACAUUCCCCAGUUGUCAAAAGGGGGCAAAAGUCGUAAAUUGAGUAAAGUGGAGACGUUGCGGGCUGCUAUUGAGUAUAUUCGAUAUCUUCAAGGUAUGAUGGAUGAGAAUACAACCGUGGAUCUUAGUAAGAUAGUCAGCGAGGGCUGUCUGUCUCCCGGUCUGUCUACUGGAACAUCCGUGAACUCCCCAUCAUCUCCCUCUGGCUCACCAGCUUCUGAAUCGUCCUAUGAAAAUCUCAGCACAGAAGAAGAAGACUUAUUGGACUUUGCAAAUUGGUUUUAAAGGCCAGAGAUAACGCAGAUUGUGAAGUGACGCAACUAUAAGUGCUAUGUUCUGAUUGGAUGACCAUUUUGUAAGGAACUGUUCGAUUGGCCAAUUGCGUAAUUCUGCUGACAGCUGGAUGUGAUGGUGCUAAUAAGGAAUAAUGCCUAUCCAAAAUGAAUGACUUUUACCCCCAUAAGCUUACGUGAAAAACACUUGAAGUGCUAGACAAUAAAAUCGAUGAAGAAACUUAAAAUUGUUAAGAGGAUUAACGACAUCGUAUCGCUUGUCGGACAUUCUCUUUAUGUGAUUUGCCAAAGUCGUUUCUGAAUAGUGACAGUGUCUCUAGAUUUUUUUUUUGUUAUUUAAGCUGAAUAUGUUAGAAUUUUUGUAAUUAAUUCAUUUUAUAAUAGAAAACAUGAAAGUUUGUUUUAUUGCUUUGCCUGGACUUGGGCAACCACACACCUUUAGUAAGCUUUACACUGUAUGUACAGGUCCACCAUAUUAUCUCAUAAUCCUACAAAUGUAUAAAUCUUUUAAUUUAUUUUAUCAUUCAGUACUUUAGUAGAGAUAAUCUUUUAAAAAUAUUUGUAUAUAGUAUUUCAGAACUUACAAAGACAAUAUGUUACUGCACUGCACGCAGAUUCAUCGGUGUCAAGUUUAUAGAAAAAAAAAUAAGAUUGAACACCAGAGUCUUUGAUAAAGACGCCACAUGCACAACUUUUAGAUGUAUUUAUAAAUCAACUUUGAGAUAUUUCAAGAGAUAGUCAUUUAUUUUACGCAAUGCUGAACCUGUUUGCAGUAAAGAUUUCGUAGUUUUUUUUAUACGAAUUGGUUUGCAAGUUAUGUGAGUUCUGCAAAUUCGUCAUAUUUGAAACCUCGAAAAUCUAAUAUCAACUGAAUCCGAUUCUUUUUAUUUACAAAAAAGGACAUGCUUGUACAUAGAUUUUAGGAAAUUUUGAGUUCUGAGAUGUCCGAAUUUACAAGUUUUAGUGCUCAGUAUGUCGACACCAGCAGUAUUAUAAAUUUCGAAUGAACAACGAGCAAACCAUUUACUUUUCUUCCAAAUGUAUAAUCAAAACGGUCGAUUGUGUUAUUUCCAAUGUAUUAUUAAAACCAAUAUUUUGUACAUGUAUUUAAAUUAAAUUUGUUUAUAAUCUAUAAUGAUUUAAAAGUAUUUUUGUAAAAAAAUCUAGAAUUACAACAUUGAUGAGUAUUUUAUUGUAGUUGUUGUUUGCAACAUUUCGUCCUAAAAUAGUUAUUAUUAUUCAUAAAUAUUUAACGUUUUAAACGUUUAUAUAAUUCAGAUCUGUCUCAAGAAGAACUCGAUAAAUCCACAUUGCCCGUAUCAAUUGUUUUUAAUGUUAAAAUUAGAGAUAUACAUUUUCAAAAAUGUUGCCACAGAUCACAGAUUCAUAAAAAAAAUGUUUUGAAUAUUUGUCAUACUCAAUUUGGGAAACUUCUGUCGAAACACCUUGUACAACUUAGUUGUGGAUACGAUGCCAGUUUAUUUGACACGUUACAUUACGAAGUCACUUGGUAUCUAUGGACUUUGAAAUUGAAUGCUCUUUAGAAUUGAUGAUACUAUAUUUCAUGUCAAAUUUCCUAGAAUUGAAGUAUUCAACAUUUCUGGAUAUUUUUUUUGUUCUUCCAAUGAACACAGUAUUAUUAUAGUCCGUUAUUGUUAGUUAUGUGUUAUUAAUAUUAUGUGCUGAAUUUACAUAGGAGACCAAAUCACAACUUCUCGCUCAAAAAUAUUGCUCACGAUUUGUAAAAGUAAUUUAUUUUUUCAUCGAAUCUGUAAAUAACCCUGUUAAUUUAUUAUUACAUAUGUAUUCUAUUUUGCUACAAAUAAAUGUCAUA